AUGACGACUACUAGUCAAACCAGUGAUAGUCUUUAUUCAAAAGAAUCUUUCUCGAAUGAUUUCAUAGAAGUUGAUGAUUGGCUUGUUUCAUUCAAGGAUGAGAAAGCAUCAUCAACAUUCAACUAUAAUGCAAAGCUAAAUGCUGAAAUUCAUUUAGCUAUCACUGCAGAGCCUUCAGAGUAUGCAUCAUCGCUUUGUGAUCCCCUCUUCACACUUUAUCGCGAUGUGCAACAUCGACCAUUUGUACUUCAAUUUCUUCCAUCAUUCGUCACCACCUACUAUGAUAUUCUUCAUCAUCAACCGGAGUCAGUUGAUGCCACUACUAAGGAUUAUUAUGCACCUACACCACUUACCCAACAUGCAAUAUCAAAACAUGAAAAAAAAUGUGAAGUUGUUCAUUUACAUUCAUUUGCUCCGUUUGAUUCAGUCAAUGUAACAACAAGAGAACAAAUUCUUUGGUUUCUACUGAUUCAAUAUGGUUCAAAUGUAUCACAUAUGGAUAUAUAUUCUCGACGAUCUUAUUUUAAAAUGUCAAAAAAAUUACUUGGUCAAGGUUAUUCGUUUGAUGAUAAUAUUUCAAAAAAAGAAAAAAAUUCUAUUUUACCACUGAAUGGUCGUCGAAUACAUCUAUCAAGUCGAAUAUUAUCGGAAAUCUUAGGAACAUUAUUCUAUUUUAAAGCUAAUUCAUCAGAUAAAGAAGCAUUCGAAUGUAUGUGUUUGCUAAAACAACGUGCUGAAUAUGAAAUGUAUGCUGAUGUGAUUUUAAUGACAGAAUCUAUGAGUUAUUUACAUGAAUUUGAUAAUCAUCAAUUUGAACAGCAAGAUACAAUUGGCAUUGAAAUUGAAUUACCACCAACAAUUGAUAUGGUUAAACAAAAACGUACAGCAACAACAACACGUUCAAUUAAAAAUCGACAACGUCCACAUAAACAUCAUGUUGAAAAUCAAACAGCUAUUAUUGAGAAUGAUUUACCGAAUGACUCAAUAGAAUAUUUAAAUUUUGUUGCGGUACCAAGUGAUGCUACACCUGAGGCACUAAUACCACCAACUAGUCAUCAAAAUAAAUCAAUAUUUGAUAUACUUGAUGAAAAUACGCCAACAACUGAAUAUCUACAUUCAACUAGUAGAAAAACAUCAUCAUCAAGUGAACAACAAAAUGAAAAAAAAUCAUUAGAUGAUAAUCAAGAUGUCACAUCACCAAUGAUAAGUGAAAGAAAAACAAAUAUAUCAUCAUCAAUUGGAUUAGCAGCAUCAAGUCCAUCUCCAUCAUCCAUACGUCAUUAUAAACCAAUGUCAUUAACAUCAACACAAACAUAUUUUAAAACAAUUCAACAACAACAACGUGUAUCAUCACCAAAUAUACAAAAUGUUCAAACUAUAAUACAUGAUGAUAUUAAUGAUGAUUCUAUUCGACCACGUACAUCAAGUAUGAGACAUGGAGAAAAAAAAGAUAUUAUUGCUACAGUUCGAUUUAUGGGUACAGACCAAAAUGGAACAAAAGUUAAAGAAACAUAUUUGUAA